AAAACAAAAUAAUUCCUUCCACUUUUUCUCUUGUAAAAAAAUAUUCUUUUAUUUUUUUUCUCACAAUAAUUUAAUUUUUUCCAGAAAAAUCUUGUUGAUCUCCAAUAAUUUCCAAAUCCUAGCCUUUUAUUUAUGUAUUUCUUUUCCUCUGUUUUGCGCUCCUGAUUCAAAUACUUUCAGCUCUGUGAAAUUGUAGCUGCCCCAAGUGAAUAAAAAUCUUGCUACUGGGUUUUGGGUUUUUCAUCCCCUUCUAGAAAACAGAUUGAAAAAGAAAAGAAAAAGAAAAAAAUGGGAUUUUGAAAAAAAAGGUCUCUUUUUAUUUGAUGAAAUAAUGGAAGGUACUAAUAAUGGUUUGCGCGGCGGUGGAGUGACAGUGGUGGGUUCAGGUGUUCCCUCCGAAUACCACGUGGCGCCUGGAACCACCAACGAAAACCCACCUCAGGUAACUGGGUCGCCGUCACCUGCGGCCGUGGCCGCAGCUCCAGCACCGGCGGACGCUGCCGGAGGAGUUGGAAUUGGGGACAUCCCAACCUUGAAGAAGAAAAGGGGCAGGCCUAGGAAGUAUGGUCCUGAUGGCUCGGUGGCUAAAGCCCUCUCACCUAAGCCGAUUUCAUCAUCGGCGCCGCUGCCACCGGUGAUUGACUUCUCGGCUUCCGGUAAACGAGGGAAGGUCCGGCCAGUCACCUUGCCGGCCAAGCGGCAGGAGCCGCUCAGAGUGGAGUGUGACGGUUUGGGCGAAUGGGUUUCGUGUUCUGUUGGUUCUGUUGGUGCUAAUUUUACACCACAUAUGAUCACUGUCAAUACCGGAGAGGACAUCACAAUGAAAAUCAUAUCAUUCUCUCAACAAGACACCCGGGUAACAUGCAUUCUCUCGGCCAAUGGUGUAAUUUCGAGUGUCACUCUUCGUCAAGCUGAUUCUUCUGGUGGCACACUGACAUAUGAGAUUGUGUUGGGAAGCUUUCUAGCGGGCAGCCCGCUGGAGCAAAAGACGAAAAAACACAAACCCGAAUCAGUGACCAUAAUAUCGGCUGGCUCUAUCCCAAUAGCCAAUAAUCUCGGAUUUGAAGAUACAUACAAUAGCUCCCCAUCUUUCCGUGGAGAUAACUGGUCUUCAAUAAAUGUUACUUUAGCUGAAUAAUUGACCCGUGAUUGGAAUGGACGGACGAGAUCAAGAUUCUCCCUCAGUUGGUUGCAUGUUUUAAAAAAAGAAAAUCCUAGCCAUUUUUUCUCAAUUGUGUUCUUUUGAUGCUGUAGAGUGAGUUUCUCGUGCUAUUGCUUGGCCCUUGGCUUUUAUUUUGACUUGCUUUCGUGUUUGAAAUUUUGGUUGGUGAUCGAGCAUUGGUAAAUGUUAAGUAGCAAUAUUGGAAUGGCUGAAUGGCUUGUUUAUGCUGAAAAAAUAUGAGUUAACAUGUACAAGAAGCUCUCUUUACUCUCUUUAGUGAAAGUUGUAUCGGUUUUCCUGGCUGUUGAAGAGCUUUGUGUCAUUGUGUGGUUGUCAGUGUACAUUUGAACAUGAUUUAUAAUUGUGAUUUAUAAAUAGACGUUUUGGACAA